AUGUUUUUAAAGGGUCCUUUCAAGGUGACCGUUCCUAGUUUGCAGUCUUUAACAAAACCUUUUUUCAUAACAACACCUAUUUUCUAUGUAAAUGCCGCACCCCAUUUAGGCCAUCUAUACAGUUUAGUCUUGUGUGACUCCAUUGCUCGGUUUCAAAAACUUUUAAGAACAGACCGACCGGUGUUUAGCAGCACUGGCACAGACGAACAUGGACUAAAAGUUCAAACCGUUGCCCAAGAACAAAAUAAGCAUCCUUUGGACCUUUGUGCUGAAAAUUCACGACGAUUCAAGGACUUAGCUGUCCUUGCAAAUACCCCAUAUAGCCAUUUUAUUCGGACAACUAAUCAACAACACGCAGCAGCUGUUCAGGGAUUUUGGAAUCAGCUACGAGAAAAAGAAUACAUCGACUUCCAGCAUCAUGAAGGCUGGUAUUCUACGAGCGACGAAACGUUUUAUCCCGAGUCAGCUCUUCAGCGGAUCGUGGACGAAACGACGGGUGAAGAAAAGCUAGUAUCAAUAGAAACAGGGAAACAGGUGCAAUGGUCUAGUGAAAUGAAUUAUCAUUUUAAGCUCUCCUCCUUUCGUUCACGACUUAUCGAAUUAUACGAACAACAACCCAAUUUUGUUCAGCCUUCCAUAUACCAUAACCAGGUCUUGUCCGAACUAAAAUCUGGCCUUCAAGACCUUAGCAUCUCGAGACCUCGCUCCCGCUUAUCUUGGGGAAUCCCAGUUCCAAACGACGAUUCUCAAACCAUAUAUGUUUGGCUAGAUGCUUUAGUAAAUUAUGUAACCGUCGCUGGAUAUCCAUGGACCUCGUCAGACCCUGCAAGUGGAGGAUGGCCUGCUGAUGUCCAUAUAAUAGGAAAAGACAUUGUCCGCUUUCAUUGUAUUUACUGGCCUGCUUUUCUUAUGGCAGCAGGGCUUCCUUUACCGAAACAGAUACUCGUUCAUUCACAUUGGACAAGGAAUAAAGUGAAAAUGUCAAAAUCCCUUGGAAACGUCGUGGAUCCUUUUGAACUUAUAAAGAACUACGGGGAGGAGAUUGUCAAGUACUAUCUAUUAAAACAAGGGAGACUAACUUCGGAUUCAAACUUUGAGAUUGAAGGAUUAGAAAAAGAUUACGAGCAUGAUUUACGAAGAAAUUUGGGUGUGCUUACAUCCAGAAUACAAUCAAAAAAACUGUAUGUAAGUGAAGAAGCUCAAAAAAAUUGGUCUUCUUCGAUUAAGAGAGACAAACAUCAAGAAUUUAUAAAUCAUCUUUCUCAACUACCAGACGCUUGUGCCGCUUAUGUACAUCAAGGACAAAUGCAUGCUUUCAUUGAAAUCAUACAAAGUACUUUACGUUCGGUCACGAAGUUGUUUCAAGAAAGUGAGCCUUGGAAUUUAGAAAGCGAUUCGCCUGCUCGAACAGAUGUUUUGAUGCUCACAGCUCAUACAUUACGGAUAUGUGCUAUACUCUUUCAAAGCAUUAUGCCCAAGAAGUCAUCAGAACUUUUGGAUCAAUUAGGCGUUGCUAAAGAAAACCGCAACUUUAAAGACACAAAGGAUACCUUCAUUGCUACUCAAUUUAAUAUUGGGAAAAAACAAAAAAAUCAUUUAUUUCAAAAAAGACACCAGCAUUCAUAA